CUGCUACUCGGAUCGGAUAACAUAUUCUUCAGUGACGAAGCCCAUUUCCAUAUCGGAGGAUAUGUAAAUAAACAAAAUUUUCGUUAUUGGGAUAUUUCCAACCCGAGAAAAUUGCAUGAAGAGCCUUUACACAAACCAAAAGUCACAGUAUGGUGUGCAAUAUCUGCGUCUGCCAUAAUAGGGCCUUAUUUCUUCGAAAAUGAACGUGGCCAAACUGUAACAGUAAAUUCCGAGAGAUAUGCUGAGAUGAUCAGUGAUUUUUUUAGACUAGAAUUACAGAAUAGUCCAUACUGUAACCGGAAUACGUGGUUCCAGCAAGAUGGGGCCACAGCUCACACUGCUAAUGUGGCCAUGAGUGCAGUGCGAGAGUUGUUUCCCGAAAAAAUCAUAUCCCGGAACGGCACCAUACCGUGGCCUCCCAGGUCACCAGACCUAAGUCCGUGUGACUUUUUCUUAUGGGGAUACUUAAAAUCUAUCGUUUACAAAACAAAUCCGACCACUGUGACACAGCUGAAAGAAAACAUUCGAGCAGAAAUCAGCAAGAUUCCCCAGUCACUUUGUGAAAGAGUUUUCAAAAACAUGCGUUCCAGACUCGAGGAGUGUGUUAGGGUCGAUGGCCGCCAUUUAGAAAACGUUGUUUUCAAAAAAUAA